GUUUGGGGGACUGCGGAUCGCGGGUUUGAGCGGCAUCUACAAACAUCACGACUACACGCGCGGCCACCACGAGAGUCUGCCGUACAACGAAUCCACCAUUCGUUCCCUCUACCAUAUCCGCGACUUUGAGGUAUACAGGCUGCUGCAGCUGCAACAACCUGUGGACAUCUUCCUGUCGCACGACUGGCCAACUAACAUUGCGCGGUACGGCAAUACGGCGCAGCUGCUGGCCAGGAAGGCCUUUCUGCGCGCCGAGGUGGAGAGCGGCACGCUGGGCAGCCCCCCCGGCGCCCAGCUGCUGGCGGAACUAAGGCCCGCCUACUGGUUCGCAGCGCACCUGCACACCAACAGCAGCAGCAGCACCCGGGGCGGCAGCGGCUUCCCCACCACUCGCUUUCUGGCCCUGGACAAGUGCUUGCCGGGCAGGGACUUUCUGCAGGUCAUCGAGGUGGAUGCCCCUGGGCCGCCGGAGCUGCACUACGACGAGGAGUGGCUUGCCGUACUGAGAACCACACACCACCACACCAACCUGGCCUUUAAACACGCGCCACUGCCCGGUAGGACGGGUCGGGGGUUGGGGGGGAAGGUGCGAGGAGGCAGAUAG